AAUCUACGCGCGAAAAUCUAGUGUGGUAUUCUCCGGGUUUAAAUGACACCAACAGCUCAUGGCAAAGUAAGGUUCUACUAUUGAACAAAACGAAAUUACCCGUGGAUGCCACUUGAAGUAAAUUAAAACAAUUUUGUGAUAUUUAGUCGUGGUAUCUAGCAGCACUAACCGACUGACACAUACAUUCUAACUGUUUGCAACAUGAGCAGAUAUUCCACACGGCUACGAGUGAAGAGGAGCUACAAAUGGAAAAGUGGACCCAUCAGUACUGAUAGGAAAUUGAACACACACUUUUAUGAAUCGUUGAUUAUUCAAGUGGAAGGGAAACCUGCAGAGACCAUUGUCACUUUAGGCCAGUACAUUCUCAUUGAAGGUGACGAUGACGACAACCCAUAUGUCGCUCAGGUCCUGAAGUUGUUCAGUGAUGAGGAUGGCAAGGUGAAGAAGGCAAAAGUGCAGUGGUACAUACGCUACUGUGAGUUACCUCAUAACAAGAGAAAGCUGCUUGGCAGAUCUGCACAUGCUCAGGAGGUCUUUUACUAUAAUGACUCCUCAUGUGACAGUGAGGUGGAUGCGGAGACCAUUUUGGGCACAGUUGAGGUGAAGCAUAUUCCGGGAGAGCUCCCUUUCCCUGACAAUGCAAGUAAAGACACUCUCUUUGUCAAGCUGUCUUGGGACACCAAGGCCUUCAAAUCGUUCGACCCAGAUCUCAUGAAUCCAUUCCAGAUUGCCAUGACUCCUCCACCAAAGCAGAUGCUCCAGUCACCCAUGCAGAAGAGUCCCACGUUAACUCCACCCAUCACCCCCAAAGCUCGGAGCACCACUCCACGCAUGCUGCCCACACCAGACCCCAUGGUGAUGAAGUGGGCCAGCUCCGCCGCGAGCCAAACUCCCUACAACCGCGGCUGCAUGAGCACGGGACGGAGGAGCAGCCGCGAGGCCGAGUCCAUUCAUUCGGCCUCCAAAUUGUCGGCCUCCAAGCUGCUGAGCGGGAAGAGGCGCGGGCGGAUCGCCUUCGAGCCAGCAAUCCGCAAGAAGCUGGAGCUCAGCAGUCCAGGUAAGAAGAUGACCAGGGAAGACGUGCUGGGAGAGCUCCUUGAUGAUGAUCUGGCCCAGAAGCUCACCACCUCUCCUCCACGUUCUUUGAAGCUCACCAUACGCCUGACUCCCCUCAGUGUCAAACAGCCGUCCUCCAAAGACGAGGAGGAGGAGGAUGACGACAUCUCCCUUCAGCCUCUUAGCCAGAGUCCAGAUAAGCCCACACCUACUGCUGUGGACGAGCAGGAUUCAACAAGUCUAGGGGUAUGUCCCCUGGAGGAUUCUGCUGAUGAGGGAGUGACCGUGCUUCCAACCCCCCUACAGAGAAGGGCUACUCCCAGGAGAGGCAGUCUGAGGAGGCAGUCAAGGACCCCCUCGCAGAGGAAGAGUUCCUCUGAUCUCCUGCGGGAGCCGUCACUGUCCGUGCUGGCGGAGGAGGAACAUGAGGACUCUCCUUUCCAGACUGCAGUCACCCCACGCUCCAGGAGGAAGUGUGCCCAGCUGGUGUCCUCGCGAAUCAGGAAACAACUUGGUGUUGGUGAUUGUGAUGCCAUGAGCUUAGACGAUGAGGAUGGCGAUGACGAUGCCUUCGUUCCAUCUAAAAUCGACCUUCAUAGCAGCAGCGAUGAGGACGUGGACGCAAAAGUGGAGAGUGACGAUGAGCUUGUGAUUAUAACUCGCAAGAGCCGAAAAAUGACUGGGUCUCACACCCCGCAGGCCACAGAAAAAACGCGUCCCUCUACCAGGACCCCACGCAAGACUCCCAGCAAAAAGACUGCUCCCACUACCCCUCGGACACCGAAAACACCUCGUCAUGCAACGCCCGUCAUCCCCAGCCGGAAUCAGCCUGCCAGAACUCCAGGGAAUGUCUUGGAAGUAGCACGCGCAAGGCUGCACGUGUCUUCAGUCCCUGAAUCUCUGCCUUGUCGGGAGCAAGAGUUCCAGGACAUCUAUAACUUUGUGGAGAGCAAGGUCAUCGAUGGCACUGGAGGGUGCAUGUACAUUUCUGGAGUGCCAGGCACCGGGAAGACGGCCACUGUACAUGAGGUGAUCCGCUCGCUGCAGCAGGCAGCGGAUCUGGACGAGAUCCCACAGUUCCGUUUCAUUGAGAUCAAUGGCAUGAAGAUGACUGACCCGCACCAAGCCUAUGUCCAGAUUCUACAGAAACUCACCAAUCAGAAGGUCACCCCAGACCAUGCAGCCAGUCUUUUAGAGAAACGCUUCAGUAAUCCUGCUCCCAAGAAAGAGACUACUGUCCUACUGGUUGAUGAGCUGGACUUGUUGUGGACCAGGAAGCAGAAUGUGAUGUACAACCUGUUUGAUUGGCCGACACGUCGCCAUGCCCGUUUGGUAGUCCUGACCAUUGCCAACACCAUGGAUCUUCCAGAAAGAAUCAUGAUCAACCGUGUGGCCAGUCGCCUGGGCCUCACUCGGAUGUCGUUCCAGCCCUACACCUUUAAGCAGCUGCAGCAGAUCAUUGCCUCCAGACUGAACAGGGUGCGGGCAUUUGAAGAGGAUUCCCUCCAGCUGGUGUCCAGAAAGGUGGCAGCGUUGUCAGGUGAUGCCCGACGCUGCUUGGAUAUCUGCCGCCGGGCCACAGAAAUCUGUGAAUUCUCGGCCAAUCCCAAGAGCGGCACGGGAUUGGUUGGAAUGAGUCAUGUGAUGCAAGCAUUGGAUGAAAUGUUCUCAUCCGCCUACAUAACUGCCAUCAGGUGUGCAUCCGUUCAAGAGCAGCUCUUCCUUAGGGCCGUGAUCGCAGAGUUCCGACGCCUCGGUUUGGAGGAGGCUACGUUCCAACAGGUUUUUGUGCAGCACCAGGCUCUGUGCCGCGUGGAGGGGCUGCAGCCAGUCAGCGUGUCCGAGUCGCAGGCAGUGUGCCAACGUCUGGGCGCGUGCCGCCUCCUGCUCCUGGAGCCCAGUCGGCUGGACCUGCUGCUGCGCGUUCGCCUCAACGUCAGCCAGGACGACGUGCUCUACGCCCUCAAGGCCGACUGACUGGAAGGCCUACUCCCCGUGGGCUGCUGAGCUUGAGGGUACUAGGACUAACUUAGGCUUGAUGUCACACAGAGCGUUAAGCCUGACUGAGGAUGUAACUGUGCUCAUCUGAAAUCCAGCCACACAACCUACCAGGUCUCACACAACUUCACUCAUCUGUCUCUACUGACAACUACACCCAGUCAGGACAACUUGCUCUGAGCCCUGUAGGAUGAGCACUUGAAGUAGCCAUUAUCCUAGGCACUUUUAUCAGUCAGGAUGGCAUGUUUUAUUGCCAACAAACUAAGUACACUUUAAAAGACUUAAAUGCUGCAGGUAAAAUCUUUUUUCACUCGUCUCCAAAUAUGAGCUCCAAUUCUUUGUCUGUGGCUCCAUCUUGGGUCUCCUGGGCCCCACCACUGAUAAGUCUCCUCACUAACCCCCUCUAGAGGACACUGGGUGAUAAGUGCAGAAAAAGUCUUGAAGGGUGAGCCAGGUUGAGCUUGACCUUCACACCAUUGAAGUGUUAUGACACAUGUGGCUGAUGUAUGGUUUCUGAGUGUGAUGUUUUUUGAGUCAGGUCGUGUUUUGGUUCCUCUUUGGGUCACCUGUGGUUUUAAACUUAAAAAAAGGUUUUAAUUUUGAGAAUUCUCACAGCUUUUGAGACCAGUAAUGUGAUUCAACUGUUUGCCAUUUAACCCUUCAACUCAUCAUCAUGUCACUCGAAACAUUAUAUAAAACUGUGAAUGUUUUGACUUCAUUCAAGUUGUUUUAAAUUAUUUUUAGUAUUGUAUGUUUUAAUAGGGUGUAGGUGAUUGUGCUGUAUUGUCUUGGAUUUGCAUAUGGUGUCUUGAAUUCCUUUGCUUGAUUGGUGUGCUUUUAUUCUCUCAAAAUUUUAAAUGUAUGUAUGUAAAUGUGUUUGUGGAUUUAAUAAAGAUUGAGUUUUGGAA